GUUCUCCCACAUUAAGUUCUCCAACUUCCCCCAUGUCGGUAGUAAAACUGUAAAAGUUUCCUGUUGACUUGCCAUUUCUGCAACUCCCAAUACCACAAACACAAAGAUGGACCUCCGUGAAUCGAUCGGUAACCAAAACGCUGUCGCUUUGGGCCUCUCCAAGCAUGUCCUCUUAACCGAAGCUAAAACCUCUAAUUCAGUCUUGUCGCCGCUGUCGAUCCAGGUGGUGCUAGGUCUUAUUGCUGCUGGCUCUAAGGGUCCCACCCUCGAUCAAUUGCUCGCUUUCCUCAAGUCCAAGUCCAAUGACCAGUUCAGCUCUUUCUCCUCUGAGCUAGUUUCUGUGGUUUUUGCUGACGGAAGUGUUAGCGGUGGGCCACGCUUGUCGUUUGCCAACGGCGUUUGGGUGGACAGGUCUCUCUCUCUUAAGCCUUCUUUCAAACAGGUUGUGGACAAUGUCUACAAGGCUGCUUCUAAUCAAGCUGAUUUCCAAACCAAGGCUGUUGAAGUGACUAAUGAAGUAAAUGCAUGGGCGGAGAAGGAGACUAGUGGGCUUAUCAAAGAAGUUCUUCCCUCUCGAUCAGUUGAUGCUACAACCAGGCUUAUAUUUGCAAAUGCACUUUACUUCAAGGGAGCCUGGAAUGAAAAAUUUGAUGCAUCAACUACAAAGGACCAUGAUUUUUACCUUUUGAAUGGUAGCUCAUUGCAUGUGCCCUUUAUGACUAGCAAGAAGAAGCAAUUCAUCAGUGCCUUCAAUGGUUUCAAAGUCCUAGGUCUUCCUUAUAAACAAGGUGAAGAUAAACGGAGUUUCUCCAUGUACUUCUUCCUUCCAGAUGCAAAAGAUGGGCUGCCUGCUUUGGCAGAGAAAGUGGGUUCUGAAUCUGGGUUCUUGGAUCACCACCUUCCACAGCAACGAGUGGAAGUGGGUGACUUUAGGAUUCCCAAGUUUAAGAUAUCGUUUGGAUUUGAAGCUUCCAAAACUCUAAAGGGAUUAGGACUGGUGUUACCAUUCUCUGGUGAAGGAGAUUUGACGGAGAUGGUGGAUUCCUCAGUCGGUCAGAACCUGUAUGUUUCAAGCAUAUUCCACAAAACCUUCAUUGAAGUAAAUGAAGAAGGCACAGAAGCUGCAGCAGCUUCUGCCGGUGUUGUAAAAUUGAGAGGUUUGCUGAACACUGAGAAACUGGACUUUGUAGCUGACCAUCCAUUCCUCUUCUUGAUCAGAGAAGACAUGACUGGAAUUGUGCUGUUCAUUGGCCAUGUGCUUGAUCCCUCACAGGCCAAUUAAGUCUCAUGUACUGAGGAACACGUGUGAGAAGAUGAAGCAUAAUAAACAGAAAACUACCUCAAUAACUAAUGUCUGUUGAUGUAUUGUAUUUUAAUGUUCCUAUGGUGCCUUGGGAGAUUGUUCAUUGCAAGGCGCCAUAUUUUGUAUGGAAUGUGUUGUGGAGCUCCUUGUAGCUUAACCAUUUUCAUGUUUUCUGACGAGCUCUUGAUUCGAUUACGAUACAACUGCUAGUAAUGUGUAAACCAGGUCUUCUUUUUUUUUUGUGUGUGUGAGAACGUAAUCCAGCUCAAUCUAUGUGAAUUUUACUAUUUUAGUCGA